GUUUGCUCAGUUGUUUGCGACGCCGCAGCAGGCGGAUCUUCGUCCUCUAGAAGUCGCUCCAAACGUCUGCUCACCAGCUCCAGACCAUUGUCGAGCGCCUCGUUGUCAGUUGCCGGUACCAAUUGUGGACGUGUCGCCUCGUGUUGGGUGGCUGUCAUCUGGUGAUCUCCAGCGCAUCGUCUCUGUUGAGAAGGCCAUCUCUGAAGCGUUUGUGGAGUGCAUUGAUGGCGGAUUCGCAGAAGCGUUGUGGCGGCUUGGUACGCAGGUUUUGCUGCUCCUCCGCCGUGUCAGGCAGCACCAGUUGUUGUGUUGAAAAUGGCUGGCCACGUAUGCAGUCCAUAAUCUCGUCUCUGCAUAGUCUAGUCACGUGCGUGGCCAGCGUUAAUUUUCGGUCAAGUGUGACGCCCAGAACCAUUUUUUGGACCAUUUCACAAAGUGGUGGAGGUAUUGCUGGGUCUCAUUUCUCGCAUUGGCCAGAUGAUCAGCGGAACACAUUACGACCGUGUCGUCCGCGUACGUUGACAGCAGCAUCGACCUUUCGUUCGGCUCGGGAUGGCAACGAUUUUGACAGACCCUCAUGCCACAGCAAUAUUGACGUUCUUCGAAUGCCCUUAAUAUGUGCUGCGUCACUCUAGCCAAUUGAUGUUCAGUGCCGUGCUCGCGUCGAAAGCCAAAUUGAUGGCUGGGCACUGCAGUGGCAAAAUCUUUGUACUCAAACAGACGCUUGAGCAGAAGUUUUUCAAAGAGUUUUGCGAGGCCAGAUAUGAGACUGAUUGGCCUGUAUGACGCCACGUCUUCUAGGCAUUUUCCCGGCUUCAGACACAUCGUGAGAUCAGCAUACUUCCACAAUUUGGGGAAAU